GUUGUCAGCUAGGAGGGAACAUGCAGCAUCCUGGAGGAACAUGCGUGGCGUUACCCAACGUGGACGCCUGUCCUCAGCUGUCCUGCGCCGCCCUCACCUUCAUGUAUUUACAGCAGGGUAACCAGGACACACCGGCACCCCCGGACCCAUCCAUGGCCCAGGCUUACCCAUCAGCCCAGUUUGCCCCACCGCCCCAGAAUGGCAUUCCAGCUGAGUUCACUGCUUCACACCCCCACCCACAUCCACACUCCCACCCACAUCCACACCAGCACCCAGCGGCACCACAAGACUACACUGGAGUUCAGCCCUCCGUCACUGAGCAUCCACUCAACAUGUACCAGUCCUCGCAGAGCCAUAGCGAGCAGAGCGGAUCAGACUCCUGCAGUCAGACGGUCACCGGCACAGCAACACAGACAGAUGAAGCUUCCCAGUCGGACAGUCAGCCACCAACACAGAGUGUACCUGAAAGCACAGACAGCAAGGCCCAACCCAAGAGACUUCAUGUCUCCAACAUCCCCUUCAGGUUUAGAGACCCAGACCUCAGGCAAAUGUUUGGCCAAUUUGGCAAAAUCUUAGAUGUGGAAAUCAUCUUCAAUGAGCGUGGAUCUAAGGGUUUCGGGUUCGUAACAUUCGAACAUAGUGUGGACGCCGACAGGGCCAGAGAGAAAUUACACGGCACCGUGGUAGAAGGCCGUAAAAUAGAGGUCAACAAUGCAACUGCCCGAGUAAUGACAAAUAAGAAGACUGUCAACCCCUAUGCAAAUGGCUGGAAGUUAAAUCCAGUGGUCAGCGCUGUCUAUAGCCCAGAAUUCUAUGCAGUACCAGGUUUUCCCUACCCAGCAGCCAGUGCAGCAGCAGCAUACAGAGGUGCCCACCUACGAGGUCGAGGACGAACCGUGUACAACACAUUCAGGGCGGCUGCUCCACCUCCCCACAUCCCAGCUUAUGGAGGUGUUGUUUACCAGGAUGGAUUUUAUGGUGCAGAUAUUUAUGGUGGUUACGCUGCCUACAGAUAUGCCCAGCCUACUGCUACCACAGCUGCUGCAUACAGUGACAGUUACGGACGAGUAUAUGCUGCCGACCCCUACAACCACACACUCACUCCAGCAGCCACAUACAGCGUUGGUGCCAUGCUGUUGGCAUGUACCCCUGGCAUGAAGCGUCUUGCUGUGCUUGCUGCAUGACGGUUGCUCCGGUC